AUGAAAUAAACUGGGGGAAGGCUUUAUGAAAUAAAAUUUAUAUAAUUUUAACCUGACAAUAAGAAAACAAUUAUCAAAAAUCUUUUUAACUAAUCAAUUGUACCUCCUUAUUUAAAAUAUUUGGCUUCACAGAAAAAGAAAAAUAAUGAAAUCUAAGGUUUGCUAAAUUAAAUUAACUAAAUUUAUUUGAUAAAUAACUUAAAUAGUUUUAUCAGACAAAAAAGAAAAACCUUUUAUGAUAAGUCUAAUUUAUGA